UGCACAUUACACUCAUAAAAGCUUCUAACGGAGAGAAAGUGUACAAGUAAUGUGCCCGCUCUCAACCUUUAUCAAUCACUUAAUGUGAUUACCUUGAUUUGCUUAUAUAUUGCAAGAUUGAGAAUCGCAUCUCACAAUUCCACCCUUAAAAUCGAAGUGAGAACAUUCUGAGUGUGUGCAAAAAAAAAAGAGAGAACAUUCUGAGUGUAGCCUCCGAAAAUGGGUUUGAAAGAUACAAAGGAUGGUACUUCGUUGCCACGAUCGUCCCCUAGUUUCUCCAGAGCUACAAAACCGUCGCCGGAGAUGCAUGCUGUCAACUCGUACAAUCCUAAAAGUACGUCGGAUUCUUUUUCGGAUGGUGAGAAGGUUGAGAAAAAGCCUGGAGGCUGGAGAGCCGUCACGUUCAUUUUAGGAAAUGAAACGCUUGAGAGACUGGGAACGAUUGGGUUGUUGUCAAACUUCAUGGUGUAUCUAACCAGAGUGUUCCACUUAGAACAAGUCGACGCUUCAAAUGUCAUCAACAUUUGGUCAGGUUUCACCAAUCUCACUCCUCUCGUCGGCGCGUUUAUCUCAGACGCUUACGUCGGCCGUUUCAAAACCAUUGCUUUUGCCUCAUUCGCCACCCUCCUCGGACUAGUGACAUUGACACUCACAGCAUCGCUUCCUCAACUCCACCCAGCAACAUGCAACAGCAAAGAUCCAGUCAGUUGCGGCGGUCCGAACAAGCUUCAGUUCGGGAUUUUGCUAUUAGGUCUCGGUUUCCUCUCCAUAGGGAGUGGAGGAAUAAGACCAUGUAGCAUCCCUUUUGGUGUUGACCAGUUUGACCAACGAACCGAGGAAGGGAUCAAAGGACACUACAAAAAAAAGAUCAGUUUAAAUCAUUUAUUUUUAAUAUUUGCAUUAUUUAUAAAUGAUGCAAAAGAAAUUUACAUCACUUAUAUAAGUGACUGUGAAAGUGGUGAUGCAAAUAAUAUACAUCAUUUUAGUAACAACUGAUGCAAAAAAUAAUAA